CUCGCCAGCCGGUUGUCAGUUGUGUCAAGAACCGGUUUGCCAGUGAUACCAAAGUGCUGAGUACAGUGCCCGAGUGUUUAGUUUGAAUGGAUUGUUGUAUUGAGGAAAUGGAAGAUAAGCCGUACAGUGUGGACAGUUCGGACGAUAUAAAUAUUGAGGAAGAGGAGGAACAUAUUGAGGAAAAUCACAGCUACCCUCCAGAUUUUCCAAUCGAGGCUUUGGUGAAGCUUGAACGACCAUCACCACCUUUGCCGACACCACCGCAUACACCUACAGACGACACGCCUCCCGCCGUUGUCAUUUCCCGACACCAACCAGCGUGGACGGCCCCACAACCCCAACCCUACCCUACUUACCCAAGACCUGUAAUGCAGACACCGUAUAAUUACGAAAAAGUGCCAGUACCAAACUACGCACACCCAGCGAUGACAGCCUACGUGCAAGCUCAAGUAGCCACAUUACCACCCUCGACACCAUACCACGCUAUGUUGGUGAACCAGUGGAUUCGCAAUGCAGCAUUAUAUCAACAUUCAUUGAGAUACCCAGGAGUUAUGUCACAGAGAAUGCCCGGCAGAAACCCACCGCCCAUGAGAGCCCCGGGAGUUCCUGGUACAAGGCCCAAGAAACAAUUUAUUUGCAAGUAUUGCAAUCGCCAAUUUACAAAGUCUUAUAAUCUUCUGAUCCAUGAAAGAACACAUACGGAUGAAAGGCCAUAUUCCUGCGAUAUCUGUGGCAAGGCCUUUAGAAGACAAGAUCAUCUGAGAGAUCAUAGGUAUAUACAUUCAAAGGAGAAGCCAUUUAAAUGUACUGAAUGCGGCAAGGGAUUUUGCCAAUCGAGAACAUUAGCCGUACACAAAAUUCUACACAUGGAAGAAUCGCCCCAUAAAUGUCCAGUCUGUAACAAAAGUUUCAACCAAAGAUCAAACUUAAAGACACAUUUGCUAACACACAGUGAUGUAAGCAAGCAUCAUUUAGAUCAUCUUGAAGGAUGUCAAGAAGUUUCUUCAACGAGUCAAGUUACAGAAAACUCUUUAUUAGAUCUUUCACAUAAACCUUCUCCGCCACCUGUUUCACAACAACACCAGCCUCUUAUAAGCCCUCAUCAUUCACCCGUAGAAGCACCUAAGAGAAGCCUAGGAUUUUCCAUAGAAGACAUUAUGAAACGAUAAUUUUAAGUAUUAUAUUGUGGUAUGGGGAAACUAGUUUGAGCUAAAGAGGCUUAGCCAAUUCAUUAGCAUGUAAAUACGGACAUAGGUAUAUUGUUAAAGUUUGACCUUAUUAUUCAAACCUAUCUAAUUUCUUCAGUCUAGUGGAUUGGUAAACGUAUUGUAGUCAUUCAUUUAAUGUAAUAGUAUUUAUAAUUUGCCAAAGAAGUAUCUCAUCGACUGAUUAGAUUUUUAAUUCUUUUCUACUUUCAUUCUACUUAUAGCUUUACGAAUUAGUCUCAGUACUUGCUUCUUUUUCAUUAACAUUUCAUUUUAGAAAUUGAAUAUAAUUUGUGCGAUCGUUCAUUUCAUAUUAUAAAGACUGAAAUUAUUGUUUUAAGUAUUGUUAUGUUUUUCUAGAGAUUUAUUUAUUGUGAUAGUUUUAUAAUUAGGGCUAAGUUGUCGUUAACUAAAGUUACCGAAAAGUAUUACCUUUGUUUUAAGCGAAUUCGAUCCAAAUUCUGUGGCUAUGACAACAAUCAGAUCAUGUUCAAAUUAAUAUACUUAGAUGUACUUAUUUAAAUUUAAAUAGCACAAUAAUUGAUGUCGUUAAUUGUAAUAUCUAUGUACAUAUUUGUAAAUAUAUUUAUAAGUCAUUAUUCGCUAUUAGGUCA